GACCCCGGGCGCCCGCGCCGGGACCGCCCGCAAAGCGGACGAAUCCCCUGCUCCCGACCCCUGGCCAAGAGGACCCAGGUGGAAGGUCAGCAGAUUGCCCGGGGCGUGAAGGGGGAGCCAGGUGCUUUCGGUAUCGCGCCUCUCUCGCGUCUCGUGAUCGCGCGGAGCGGAAAUAGGGACCUGAGGCCCGGGGACACCGUGAACAGGAACCAACAAUGCUGCCCAAACCUGGGAUCUAUUACUUCCCCUGGGAGGUCAGUGCUGGCCAGGUUCCUGAUGGGGGCACCCUGAGAACAUUUGGCAGGUUGUGCCUCUAUGACGUGACCCAGUCCAGGGUGACCCUGAGGGCUCAGCACGGAUCUGAUCAGCACCAGGUUCUUGUCUGUACCAAGUUGGUGGAGCCGUUCCAGGCCCAGGUGGGCUCCUUGUACGUGGUCCUUGGGGAGCUCGAGCAAGAGGACGAUGGCGGUUACGUGGUGAAGGCCCGGCUGCUGACCUGUGUGGAAGGGAUAAAUCUGCCUUCCUUAGAACAAGCCAUCCUGGAGCAGCGGCUGUACCAGCAAGAGAGAGGCAGCAGCCAAUAGGAAGUGAGGACGCCAGCAGCCCCCCACCUACUCCUGAGGCCAAACCUUUGAGCUGCUAGAGCCACUGCAGAAGUGUAGACGCUUCCCUGAAUGACAGCGUCUGACUGGAGCCAGAGAGUAGAGGGGCAGGGUGGCCAAUCCAGCCUCUUCCUCUAUGUUGGGAUUGUCCCAGAAAUGAGAGCCUAGGAGCAGGUGUCAAGGUCUGACACCCCUACCCUCCAGGAGGCUCCAGACAGUGGAGCUCCAAGGCCCUGGGGCUAUGCCUCCUGUGGGGUCACAGAAGGUUCCAGAAGAUCCUCCUGAAUAAAGGCCCAGUGGGCAUGACCUCUC